GGGAACGCCUCCAGGAAAAGAAAUGAAAUGCAGAGCGAGAGAGAGAUGAUUUGAAAUAGUCCAGCGAACACAUUUUGUGCUCAAGCAGCACAAUAUCCUUGGUCCCAUGAAAGGUGUCUGCAAAGCUGGCUGCUGCUGCAGGUUUAUUUGGCUGCAAUAUCGUUCCCCUCCCAGUCCCUGACUCUUUACCCAGUGGAAUGAUAUCCAGAGCAAGGGCUUUGAGACAGGAAGUGAGGCGUGUUUUCACUAUGAGUGAUCUGAGAAGAAGGCGGGUGAGCGGAGCUAGCAGCUGUUUCAUGCAAGGGGAGCACAAUAAGUCCGUUUCCCAGGAAUUUAGAUGAGGUGGCUUCAGGGGAAGAACUCCGCGCUGCUGAUGAGGUUUCACAGCUAAAGAUGUGGGAAGGGAUACGCUGUGUCUUUGGCUCACUGCAGCAGGGAUCAGAGAAAAGAGCAUAAUCUGAUAUACAACCUGUUCAAUACCAAGGCAGAGGAAAGCGAGCUCGGUAAAUCACUUCUGGACUCUCUCCCUUCUUGUUAGAACUGCUGUGAAAACUCCCUCCAGUUAGAGCUUGGUGGAGGACCUGCUCUUCUUUAAUGGCUGCUGCUGCCGCUGCUGGUUGAUUGGCAGGAUACUUCAGGGCUCCUAUUGCUUGGGAGAAGACUGCUACUUCCCUUCAUUUUCCAGCGUGGUGAUAGCUUUUCAUCACUGUCUGUGGGGAAAGAUGCCGUUACCUUUUGGGCUCAAAUUGAAACGAACUCGACGUUACACAGUGUCCAGCAAGAGCUGCUUGGUGGCCCGCAUCCAGCUGCUCAACAAUGAAUUUGUGGAGUUUACUCUUUCUGUGGAGAGCACCGGUCAGGAAAGUCUGGAGGCUGUGGCUCAGAGACUCGAACUGCGGGAGAUUACUUAUUUCAGUCUGUGGUAUUACAAUAAGCAGAACCAGCGCCGGUGGGUAGAUUUGGACAAGCCUCUAAAAAAGCAACUGGACAAAUAUGCUUUGGAGCCGACGGUAUAUUUUGGAGUGGUGUUUUAUGUGCCUACUGUUUCUCAGCUUCAGCAGGAGAUUACCAGAUACCAGUAUUAUUUGCAACUGAAGAAAGAUAUCUUGGAGGGAAACAUUCCUUGCACAUUAGAGCAAGCAAUUCAUCUGGCUGGCUUAGCUGUUCAAGCUGACUUUGGAGACUACGAUCAGUAUGAAUCUCAAGAAUUUCUACAAAGAUUUGCCUUGUUUCCUGUGGGUUGGUUACAAGAGGAAAAAGUCCUGGAGGAAGCAACACAGAAAGUGGCCUUGCUGCAUCAAAAGUACAGAGGCCUUACACCUCCUGAUGCAGAAAUGUUAUAUAUGCAAGAGGUAGAGAGAAUGGAAGGCUAUGGUGAAGAGAGCUACCCUGCAAAGGACAGCCAGGGAAGUGACCUAUUUAUUGGAGCAUGUCUUGAUGGUAUCUUUGUGAAACACAAAAAUGGCCGGCCUCCUGUUGUAUUUCGGUGGCAUGACAUUGCCAAUAUGUCCCACAACAAGUCCUUUUUUGCAUUAGAACUGGCAAAUAAAGAAGAGACAAUCCAGUUCCAAACUGAGGACAUGGAAACCGCAAAAUAUGUGUGGAGGAUGUGUGUGGCCAGACACAAAUUUUACAGACUAAAUAAAUGUAGCCUAGACUCCCCAGACUCUCCACCUGUGGAAGGCUCUCAGAAACCUUUCCUCAUUCUUUCCUUUCCACGCUUUCCAAUUCUUUCUCGUCCUUCUCUUCCCAAAGGACAAACCCAGGCUGUUACAGUGAAUCCAGUUAGAAGGAGGUCCUCUUCCAGGAUGUCUCUGCCCAAGCCACAGCCUUACAUGAUGCAACCACCACCUCCUCUACAUUACAAUGGACACUACACGGAACCAUAUACAUCGUCCCAAGAUAACCUUUUUGUGAACAAGCAGAAUGGAUACUACUACCACUCUCAGACUAGCUUGGAUAGAGCUCCACAUGACUACAAUGGCAGAAUUCGCAAUGGGAGUGUCUAUAGCGCACACAGCACUAACUCUUUGAAUAACCCACAGCACUACUUGCAGCCAUCUCCCAUGUCCUCUAACCCAAGCAUUACUGGAAGCGAUGUCCUGAGACCUGAUUAUGUUCCGUCGCAUCGACAUAGUGCGCUAAUACCACCUUCUUAUCGGCCUACGCCAGAUUAUGAAACUGUAAUGAGACAGCUUAACAGAGGAAUGAUACACACAGAUAGGCAGAGUCAUUCUAUGAGAAAUCUUAACAUCAGCAAUUCAUAUGCAUACAGUAGGCCUGAUGCUCUGGUCUAUAGCCAACCUGAAAUCCGAGAACAUGCUCACUUCACCUCCCCGCAAUCUAAUCACUAUCCUUUUAACCUGAGUUACAGUUUUCAUAGCCAGUCUCCCUACCCAUACCCUGCUGAACGGCGUCCAGUUGUUGGAGCAGUUAGUGUCCCUGAGCUGACAAAUGUGCAGCUUCAGGCUCAGGAGUAUCCAGCACCAAACAUCAUGAAGACCCAGGUCUAUCGACCUCCUCCCCCUUACCCAUACCCAAGACCUGCAAACAGUACCCCAGACCUGUCCCGACAUCUUUACAUUAGCAGCAGCAAUCCAGAUCUCAUCACGCGGCGAGUCCACCAUUCAGUUCAGACGUUUCAGGAAGACAGCCUGCCUGUUGCACAUUCCCUUCAGGAAGUGAGUGAGCCCUUAACAUCAGCACGGCAUGCUCAGCUACAGAAAAGGAACAGUAUUGAAAUAGCUGGACUUACCCACAACUUUGAAGGCAUAAGAAUUAAAGAGCGGACCAUGUCAGCUUCUGCUGCAGAUGUGGCUCUUCCAAGGGUCAUGUUGGCAGGGUCACAGCCCAGCAUUUUCAUAGAGAGAACAAAGCAAGAAGAAAAUAAGGAGCAAGAAGAAAGUUUGAACUGUGAUCAUAAGAAGUCUCUUUCAGAUGCCACUAUGCUGAUUCACAGCAGCGAGGAAGAGGAAGAAUUUGAAGAAGAAAACAAAGCUAGUACAACUCUGACUCCUCUCACUGAUGAUCAAACCCAGCUUUCUGCUAUUAUGGGUGGCUAUCCUCAGGAAUCCUUACUAAGUUACCCCUACAGUUCUGUUGCUUCACCUCCUGGCCCUUUGCAUAUCCUUGAGCCUAAGUUACAUAUUUCGGAGACGGAAAAGAGGAUAAAAGAUGUGAGCCCAGUACACUUAAUGGCUGAAACCCAGGUGCAGAGAAGAGGUGAAGGAUUGCUGACUCCGUCUAUGUCAGAAUCUGACCUUACGACUUCGGGAAGGUACAGAGUGAGAAAGGAUUCUCUAAAGAAGAGACCCGUCUCUGAUCUUCUGUCAGGGAAGAAGAAUAUAGUGGAAGGUCUUCCCCCUUUAGGAGGUAUGAAAAAGAAUAGAACUGAUGCAAAAAAAAUAGGGCCUCUGAAGCUAGCUGCCCUAAAUGGACUAACCUUGUCUCGCAUGCCUUUGCCAGAUGAGGGUAAAGAAGAGCCUACCAGAGCAACAAAUGAUGAACGGUGUAAAAUUCUAGAACAACGGCUGGAACAGGGAAUGGUGUUUACCGAGUAUGAGCAGAUUCAAAAGAAAAGGCUCAUAGAUGGAGAGUGCUCAAUAGCUCGGCUCCCUGAAAAUGCAGAGAGAAACAGGUUCCAGGAUGUCCUUCCCUAUGAUGAUGCCAGAGUGGAGCUGGUCCCAACCAAAGAAAACAACACUGGCUAUAUCAAUGCAUCCCAUAUUAAGGUCUCUGUCAGUGGCAUUGAGUGGGACUAUAUUGCUACACAGGGCCCUUUGCAGAAUACAUGUCAGGAUUUCUGGCAGAUGGUGUGGGAACAAGGGAUUGCCAUUAUAGCAAUGGUGACAGCAGAAGAGGAGGGUGGGCGAGAAAAGAGUUUCAGGUACUGGCCCCGACUUGGCUCAAGGCACAACACUGUCACCUAUGGGAGAUUUAAGAUUACUACACGAUUCCGGACAGACUCUGGCUGCUAUGCAACUACAGGCUUGAAGAUCAAACACCUUCUCACAGGGCAGGAGAGAACAGUUUGGCAUCUGCAGUACACUGACUGGCCAGAGCAUGGGUGCCCAGAGGAUCCCAAGGGAUUUCUGUCGUACUUGGAGGAGAUACAGUCAGUGCGGCGCCAUACAAACAGCACAGCAGAUCCUAAAAGCUCUAACCCUCCUGUACUGGUGCACUGCAGCGCAGGUGUAGGAAGAACGGGAGUGGUCAUAUUGUCAGAGAUCAUGAUUGCCUGUUUGGAACACAAUGAGAUGCUGGACAUCCCAAGAGUGCUGGACAUGCUGAGGCAGCAGAGGAUGAUGAUGGUGCAGACUCUCUGUCAAUACACUUUCGUCUAUGGAGUUCUUAUUCAGUUCCUUAAAAGUUCUAGGCUUAUAUGACGCCCACCACUUCCUGUGGGACUGAAUCAUCUCAAGAGUUUAUAAAAGGAGAAUUGCAGUUGUCCAGACAUACUUGCCUUUCGGGUGUUUUCCUCAAUAGAUAACUCAUGCAGAGUUACCUUUUUGGCAUGGUAUGGGGAUAUUAAAUGCAAGUCCAAGGUAUCAACCUUUGCAAAGCAAGAUAUUGACUGGGCUAACUUCUUUCUGUGUUCAGCUAUGUUAGGAAGGUUCUAACAUAACACAACUGUGCUCUUGUGAAGUACCUGCCCACUUUCUUGAUAUUGUGUUACUCUGGGUAAAUUAACUGUCAACUUUACCAAAAGUACACUAGGCAAUUUUGGAAAUAACCUAUGGUUUUUUAAGUCUAAAUUGCUUUUUUAAAAACAGAGCAUUAGCUCUAAGUAUGGAAAAAAUAUCUGUAGAGUUGCAUAGCGAGGGGCAUGACUGCCCCAUUGGAAUGCCAAGGUCUUAAGUAGUCUCACUCUACUUUCCAUUUUGUAUUUAAAACAAUGCUAAUAUAUUUUUUAAAAUAGACUUGGUUUCUUCUGGUUCAUUUAGCAGAACCAGCAGCUGCUAGAAACCUAAAAACAUCAGGACAGUUAUUUUUCUAUUCAGCAAAUUUAAUUUUUUUAGUCUUCAAAGAGAGAUACAUUUUUAAACAGCACAAGGUUUCAGAGAAGAGCAGAAACGAAGACACUCAAAUUAACUUUUCAGGAUUUGUACAAAAGUGAAAAGUACAAGAGGAAACUGUUGGUACCUGUAGAGUUCCAGGUAGUAGAAUCAGCAAGAGAAAAGUCUUGUUACCUGCCGAGUGCUAGGUAAUAAAAUAGGCAAGUAGAAGGCAUUGUUGCCUACAUAUUUCUAGGUGACAUAAAUGGUAAGAGAGAGGCACAGUUACCUACAGAGUUGUAGGUAAUAAUCAGCAAGGGGAAGAGGUUAUUGUCAAUGGUUUUAGGUAAAAGUAAAUGAACAAGAGAAGGUCAGUUACCUACAGGGUUCUAGGUAACAAAAUGGACAAGAGGAGGUAUAUAUUCAGUAUUAUUCAUAUAUUUAGAGGACAGUUUGAUUUUACUGGUUGAAAUCGAAGUGGAUGCAAAUGAUGUUUUAAGCACUUUUUUUUUUUUGCUCUUAUUUAUAUAGCUAAGCAUAUAAACUGUAACCAUAUAUCAUUGAAUAGAUUAAAGUACCAUUACUAACCUAACUGUUAAUUUAGGAAGAGCCUUUGGAAAUGAUGAAGUGAGAGAUAAUAGAACUUAAAAGUAGGAAGUUGCAUAGUGGUGAAUGGGGACUGAGUAUGUGCAAAUGAUGGUGCAAAUGUGACGGCUGUGAUUUUUGGUUGCACAUGGUUAGUGCAAAGACUUCAGUAUUAAUUUUUACUCUCUCUAGCAAGAAAAGCUUAAAAACAUCUUAAUUUACAGUAGAAUUCCUGAGCUUAUUUUGUUAAUCAGCUGAAAGGUUUUCGUUAGCCUUGUAUGGUAUUGCUGAGUUAAGGGUGUUUGAUAUACAGGAGGCCAUCUGAGAAUGAUAGCAACACUCAGAAAUGAUAACUGAUGAUGAUGGAGAUGUGGGUAUUUGCUCAAAAGAAGGCAGCAUGGUCACUGGAUGGGGCAUGAAACUGGAAGUCAAGAGACCUGAUGGUCUGUUCCCUCUUCUGCCACUAAUUCACUGUGUGACCUAAGUCAGAUCACUUCACCUCUCUGUGCCUCUAUUUGUAAAACAGGGGUAAUAAUGUUUCCCCACCAUUGUAAAGGCUUUGAGAUUUAGAGACAAACAGCUCGAUUCAAGAGCUCUCUCUGUUGUUUGUAGAUGUCUAGUGGUCAAUUGACUCCCUAAAUCUUUGGAGGACCAGUCAGUGAACAAACAGACAAACAUAUUGUACCUCCCCCAGAGAUCCCUGCUCCACGGAAUGGAAUGGGAUUAGCAUUUAUUUGUUAGUCAUUUUUAUGACUGUCAGGAUGGUGCGAUUUACUUCUGAUUAGCUGUGAGGAAGCUUUAAGCCCUAGUGUAAGAGACUAAAAGCUCCCUUCACAAGAAAAAAUUAUGUGCAAUUUUUAAUUAAAGGAUAAUAAAGGGUU